AUGAAUCACGACCAUCAGAACCGGAUGCAGAUGGAAACUGCUGGGAUUCGACAACCUCAUCGCCCACCUGUACCUGCGGACGAGCUCAAGAUUACUCUAGGUCAGAACUUUGUUGACAUUACGACACCACCGUCAUCGAAUCUCUGUAAUAAGGGAACAGGAAGCCGAACAUCCAGUAGGAAGGGCAGCAUGCGGGACAAGUGCGCGCCGACAUCGCAGGCUCCGCUACCACCACCACCGUCCGCGGCCAAUGGUCGUGGCGUAACAUCUUCGUUUUACAGCAUGGAGAGUUCCAACUUUAUGGACACGAGUCAGUUCACUAAUAUGGAGUCUACCAGUUCAUUUUUUAUUGGACGUGGUCCGCCUAAGAUGAGCUCCAAUUGCAAGAGCAGCUACCGAAAACAGCGUCAUCGUUCUGGCGUCCAAUCUAUAUUAGGUGCAACAAUGGUGCGUCAAAGUCUAGCUCAUACAUAUAACAUGUCGUCGAUGGUGUCGUCGAUGAGUGGUUCUCGAUACGGCCCACAACCCGGCACCGAUGUGAUGUCGGUCCCAGUCCUUGGCGACUGCAACUUUGAUCAAAAGUACAGCAUAGCAAUGAGCAUGGACGAGAGCGGCAACAACCCGGCAUACACGCCUCUGGAAAAGUUGCAUGCGUUGCGUGACGUUAUGACCGGUAUCACCAGCAAGAGUGGCUAUAUUGAGCGUGCGACUUUUUCCCAAGCGUUUGAGGUCAGUGGCGAUGAGUUUGACGGAUACGCUCUUGAUAAUGGCGCAAUUGACGGCAAUGCUAUCCUCAUCGACGCUGUUAUGGAACUCGAAGUAGGUGCUGAAGAGAAGUUGCGUUUUAUCUUUGAGACGCUCGAUCCCGACAACACAGGGUACGUGACCGAAGAUCAGAUUGUUCAGCUACUGGAAUCGAAUUUCUCGACGGCCCGUCUUGAUAUGGUUGGCACGGACUUUAAGACGGUGGCUCACUUGAUGUUUUGCAAGGCUCAAGUAAAGGGCGAAUCUAUGACGUUUGAGCAGUUUUGUGGAGUGUUUGCUCCUUUUAUCAACAAUUCGUACAACCUUCAACAAUCCGAACCGAUGAACACGACUCCUGUCCACUCGAAAAGCAAGUUGAGCGCUUAUUAUAGCGCCAACAAGCUUCGGAUAUGGUGGCUUGUCGUUUACUUUGUUCUUAACAACAUUGCUUUUUGGCUCAAGUGGUUUGCCUACGAAGUGGAUCCUGCUAUCGGUUGGGGUUUGCGUAUUGCACGUGCCAACGCGCAAGUUGUGAUGAUUAACUGCGCAUUCGUGUUGCUCCCCAUGUGCCGGUCUAUCGCACAAGUCAUGAAACGAAGCCGUUUUUUGUGGCGCUAUAUUCCCUUUGAUGACAGUAUCGCGUUUCACAAGAUUGCGGGUUGCGUGCUGCUCAUUUCUGGCCUUAUUCAUACGGUUGCGCACAUCAUCAAUGAGAUCUACCUGUAUUUAGUCGCGACGCCAGAGGAGGUCAGGCGCUCUAUUUUCGUCACGCGUCAAGUUUCUUCAUUCAUUAACGGCGAGCGACCUCCAUUCAUUAUUAUGAUUCAGUCGCUUCCGGUGUGGACUGGUUUCAUUCUUUUUAUGAUCACCUGUGUAUCCUUUCCGUUGGCUGCGAUCCCAAAACUCCGUCAGGGUAACUUCAACCGCUUCUGGUACUCACACAUGCUUUUCGGAUUCUUCUUGGUUGUGCUGGCGUUUCAUGGUGCUGCAUCAUGGCUUGCCCGAAGCUCUUCGUAUAUUUGGAUUACUCCUCCGUUUCUGAUCUACCUGGUUGAGCGUCGUUUCCGCUAUACGAAAUUGUUUGCUACGCCUGUACGUAUUAUGGAAGCUAUGGAGCUGGAUGGUACCGUUGCUCUGUUUAUGGAGAAGCCUCGUCGUUUUGUGUACCGCCCAGGCAUGUAUAUGUUUAUCAACUGCCCGCUAAUUUCGCUACACGAAUGGCACCCGUUCACCAUUUCAUCAGCUCCGAAAGACAACUAUGUCAGUGUCCACAUCCGUGCUUGUGGCGACUGGACGCAAGCCUUGGCGCGUGUCAUCUCGAACUGCCAUGAACGUAAGGUGUUGUAUCCGGACGUUUACCUUGAUGGUCCAGUUGGUGCUCCAACCCAAGACUACCACCGUUACAAGACUGUUAUCUGCGUUGGUGGUGGUAUCGGUGUCACCCCUUUUGCUUCAAUUCUAAAGGACGUCGUGCAUUUGUGGGAAGACAACCGUUGUCCGAAUUGCAGCCACGUUCGGCAUCCGGGCUCGUUCAAGAUUCAGAAACUAUAUUUUCACUGGGUAACUCGUGGACAGGAGUCUCUGAGUUGGUUUGAAGAUACGAUGAAUCAGAUUUCUGAAAUGGACCGUGACAACGUGAUUGAGACGCACCAAUACUUAAGUACGUUGAAAGGCAGUGAGAAUACAUCGCAGCUUAAAAUGUUUCAGGCGUUUGUGCACGAACAGACCGGCAAAGAUUUUGUGUCUGGUUUGAACACAAAACAACUGACGCACUUUGGUCGUCCAGACUGGGACAAGGUAUUUUCCGAGGCCAAAGCUAACCAUCCUCGCGAAGAAGUUGGUGUGUUUUAUUGCGGCCCUCACGCACUGGAGGAGAUUCUGGAUAAAAUGUGCAAACGGUACUCGUCUUCCAAUGGAACUAUCUUUGACUUUCACUCGGAGAAGUUUUCAUAG